UGUCAGGUGAAAUGCUCUCCUUCCGCUGUUUCUUGCCUUCUAAUCCUCCUGUAAAUCUCCUGUAAUCGGGUGAGAGCAUGCUGCCUCCUGACAAACCUGCUGCCUGACUUUGCGUUCAUUGUCUAUGUAAAGACCUGGGAGGAGGAUGGUGUGGUGAUCUAUCGGACAGCCUAGGCACACUGUAAGGAGGGGGUUAGAACACGUUAGCUGGAGCAGCACGGGUCUGUUGUUGCUGGUACUUAGCCAGACAAACCCAGAGGAACAGAGGAAGAGGGGAUGCGUAUGCUGCAUUGACCCAGGAAGACGGAGAAAGGGAGUAAACAGAGGGAAAAGAGAAGAGGACAAUACCCUCCAUUGGAUAGACAACCGUUUUAUGGGAGCAGCUGGGAUGUGGUAAUCAUCAACAGGGUCCAGGCAGGGUCCUCGCCACAUCUCAUCCUCCCGUGGGCAGAGUAGGCCUCUUGGUCGGGUGUGAUCCCCUCCUCUCGGUGGUCCACCUGGAGAUCCAGUGAUGGCUCAUGCACAGGAUGAUCCCCAACUAGGCGCUGGCCCGUCCGAGGAUUCUGAACUCUCUGAGAAUGAGUCCGAAACGGCGAGCUUGGUGUCGGAAGACUCUAUCAUGCCAGACUAUGAGAUGGAGCGGGGUAGAGGAGGCACCACCUCUACGCUGUACGAGGCCUGUAACAGGAACGAGGCGCUGAUGCUACGGAGGGUCCUGGAGAGGGGGGUUACUAAGGAAGAGGUUAUGGAGCUGGAUAUCAAUGGCAUGAAUGGUCUGAUGCUUGCUGUCUCCAGAGGCUAUGUGGACAUGGUCUACGGUCUACACACGUGUCCACUGAUCGACAUUAACCAUCAGGACAAUGAUGGCAACACAGCACUGAUGAUCGCUGCCCAGGCCGGCUACAUCUCCAUUCUAAACUUCAUCCUGAACUACUACCCUAAGAUAGACCUGGAGGUGAGGGACAUCCGGGGCUUCACUGCCCUCAUCAAGGCAGCCAUGCAAGGCAGGGUAGACUGUGUGUCUUCCCUCCUCAUGGCCGGUGCAGAUAUCAAUGUGGUGGAUGAGGUCCGAGGGAAAAGCAUCACGGACUGGGCCCUGAAGACGGGUCGCUUUGAGGUCCUGCAGCGUCUCCGUGUUCUCCAGGCGCACCCCAUCGCCGAGCAGUUCUGCGACAGCUACGUGAUUGAGUGGCCCGAGCUGAAGGAGCUGGUUGCCAAAGCCAUGAUCCCCAAAACACUGACUCAACGUCUGAAGGACAGCCUGACCAUUAGCUUACCCAAGGACCCUCAGGACAACGGAGUGAUGGACCACCUGGUGAAGAUAACCACAUCCAUCCACAGCCCUCUAGUCUCCACUGGCUGCCGGCCCCUCUGCCCCACAAGCCCCCCAGAGCUCGGGAAGCGGCGCCUGGCCGUACCGGAGCUGAUGGAGAAGCACAGCAGCAAAGACCUGGAGGAAAGCUCUGUGUGUCAUAGUAACGGUGUGAAAUGUUCAUUCAUGCCUGCACAAGCGUCGUCGAGCUCCUUCUCACUCGCCAACUGCUGCUCGAACGCGGAGCAGAGGGAUAGUGUUCUCUCAAUGGCUGCCAGCGGCAUCCGGAACUUCAUCCCUUGUUCCAUGGCCCACCGGAACUCUGUAUUCCCAUCUGGUUGCAUCCCCAAGAUCACCUUCACCAAGUCUCAGGACAAAACACCCAAGAAGGCAAAGAAGGCGAAGAGGCACAAGGGCCACCUGGAGCCUCCGGUCUGGAAGUACAAGUCGGAGAAGCAGGAGAAGAAAAAGGAAAAGGAAAAGCUGGAGGAAGAGAAGCGAGCGCAAGAGAAGGCACUUAAGAAAGCUAAGAAGAAGGCAGCCAAGGCGGCGGCCAAGUGAAAGGAGCCUGCCAAGGCAAGUUAAACUGCUGUCUGUAAAGUGCCACAGAGUGGGAGCACAGAACCCUGGGAAAAUAGAGCGACCUCUGUGCUGUCAUCAGACAGAAGAGGAAGCGAGACACCCCACUCGCAGUUUUGUUUAUUGAUUAAAUGAAAGUCAAUGAACUAAGUAGACCAGACCCAGCUGCUAUUGCAUUGGUGUCUAUGGGAGACCCACCCCUGUUAAGUAGACCAUUUUUUUCAAUGAUAAACAGCCUGAGAGAACUAUCUUGAUUUAUCCACCAUCUUUGCUGUCAUCUCCUACUAACUCCAUUGUAUCCACUGUGAUGAUGUCAUAAGACGGACAAGGGGACGGCUCCCCUGUGGUGGCACCUGCCUGGGGUCAUCAUGGAGGCCCAGUUGCAGCCCUACAGUGGGGCCUCCAAUUCCUCCAUGGGUGGAAACUAGCAUCUGAGCCGGACUAAGUCUAAUGGAUGAACUGUUGUUUUCCUCUCUGCUGAGAUAUGCUGCUGUAAGAACUGCAAUGGCCUGGACAUUCCUAGACAUUAUUAUUCAUGUACUUUCAUGUGGAAUUCUCUUUUUCUGUUUUAAAUAAUUUUGUUGAUUUAUUUAUUUUUGAGAGUUCAGUCGUUAAAAAGAUCAGUAGAGUUUGUUUGGUCUUCCAUGUUCUUAACUAACCAAUCGAAACUGUGAAGGAACCAGAGCCAUAGCAAAGAAAUGUCUAAUUUCUGAUAAGCAAGGUACUUCCUGAAAAAGAAACAGGACAUUAACAUGAGUUAGGCAAAUGAUGAGGGAGGAUUAUGAACAAGGUUUCAGAGUUGCCUGUUUGAUAAACCUCAUGGUCAGAUAUAGCACAACCAGACCUGGGUUCAAAUUUCAAAUGUUUCAGCUGUGCUUGAGAGAGCUUGCCUGUUGAUAUGGAAACAAUAGAAAAGUCCCAAAAGUGCAAACCACACCCACCUGGCACUCCAGGCAAGCUAAAGCAAACGCUGAAUGUUUUUGUAACAUUUUGAAUAGUAUUUGAACCUAGGUCUGACCACAACGCACAUCUGAGUUCCAAUCUGCUCUAUGCUUUGUUUUCCUAUGUACUCCAAUUAGCUGUCUUCCAAAAGAAGUAGAUUUGACACUGUUACCGGUGAGAGGACUUUUGACUUUUAUCAAGAGUAGUAAUAUAAUAUCAGGGAUCCCCUCAGUUUUGAUGAGGCUCAGGUACUUAAAGAUCAACCUGAGUGGCUUAUUAUUACGGUGCACCAACCUGCUCAGUUAGAAGAAAUUGUUUGUUGAUCCGGUUCACAUGUUGUGAUGGAGCUGAAAUUUGAAGUAUGUUAUUCAGUAGGAAUCAACUUCUGUCCUAAUAGUAUGUGAUGGUUAUUUUUUAAAUAACACCAUCAUCCUCGUCAAAGAUCCAGAAAAUCGUAUGUGUAGUGGCUAUUGCCAGUCAAAAACCAUUGAUGCGUCAGAUACGGCUCCUACAAUAUGAAAAAAUACGAUAGGCCUAAUGAAUACUCUAUUACAAAACCAAACAUUAAAACGUUUAAAAACACAACAUCCAUGUGACUUAGUGAUGAUCCUUCUUCCCACUAUAUCCGAUAGAUUUAGCAGCUUUGGCUAUAGGCUAAGCUGGGUUAGUGUGUGAGCUUGUUAACUGGUGCUAUUAUAGUCCCAGUCAGAUCAGACAAUAACCAUGUAGCCUAACCAUAGAUACGUCUUUAACCAUGGGGCGUAACCAUACAACCUAACCAUAGAUACGUCUUUAACCAUGGGGCGUAACCAUACAACCUAACCAUAGAUACAGCUGUAACCAUGGGGUGUAAACAUACAGCCUAACUAUACAAUACUUUCAGAAAGUAUUCACACCCCUUGAAUUUUUUCACAUUCUUUGUGUUACAAAGUGGGAUUCAAAUGGAUUUAAUAGUUAAAAAAAAAAUUGUCAACGAUCUACACAAAAUACUCUGUAAUGUCAGUGUGGAAAAAAAAUUCUAACAUUUUUUGUGGGGUGAGAAAAACAGAUAUAUUUUGAUUAGAAAAGUAUUCAACCCCCUGAGUCAACACGUUAGAAUCACAUUUGGCAGCGAUUACAGCUGUGAGUCUUUCUGGGUAAGUCUCUGAAAGCUUUGCAAACCUGGAUUGUAUAUUUUUUAUUAUUCAAGCUCUGUCAAGUUGGUUGUUGAUCAUUGCUAGACAGCCAUUUUCAAGUCUUGCCAUAGAUUUUCAAUAUGUUUUAAGUCCAAACUGUAACUAGACAACUCAGGAACAUUCAAUGUCAUCUUGGUAAGUAACUCCAGUGUGUAUUUGGCCUUGUGAUUUAGGUUAUUGUCCUGCUGAAAGGUGGAUUUGUCUUCCAGUGUCUGUUGGAAAGCAGACUGAACCAGGUUUUCCUCUAUUACUUUGCCUGUGCUUAGCUCUAUUCCUUUUCUUUUUAUCCUAAAAAACGUCCAUGACAAGUAUACCCAUAACAGGAUGCAGCCACCACCAUGCUUGAAAAUAUGAAGAGUGGUACUCCAUGAUGUGUUGUGUUGGAUUUGCCCCAAACAUAAUACUUUGUAUUCAGAACAAAGUUAAUUUCUUUGACACAUUUUUGCAGUAUUACUUUUGUGUCUUAUUGCAAACAGGAUGCAUGUUUUGGAAUAUUUGCAUUAUGUACAGGCUUCCUUCUUUUCACUCUGUCAUUUGGGUUAGUAUUGUGGAAUAGUUACAAUGUUGUUGAUCCAUCCUCAGUUUUCUCAUAUCAGCCAUUUAACUCUGUAACUCGUGGAAAAUCCCCAUUGGCCUCAUGGUGAAAUCCUUGAGCGGUUUCCUUCCUCUCUGGCAACUGAGUUAGGAAGGACGCCUGUGUCUUUGUAGUGACUGGAUGUAUUGAUACACCAUCCAAAGUGUAAUUAUUAACUUUACCAUGCUCAAAGGGAUAUUCAGAGUUGGCUUUUUUUUGCCAUCUACUACACAGCCUAAAUAUAUAUACAUCUGUAACCAUGGGGAGUAACCAUACAGCCUAAAUAUAGAUACCUCUGUAACCAUGGGGAGUAACCACACAGCCUAAAUAUAGAUACAUCUGUAACCAUGGGGAGUAACCAUACAGCCUAAAUAUAGAUACAUCUGUAACCAUGGGGAGUAACCAUACAGCCUAAAUAUAGAUACAUCUGUAACCAUGGGGCAUAACCACACAGCCUAAAUAUAUAUACAUAUGUAACCAUGGGGCGUAACCAUACAGCCUAACUAUACGACUGUAACCAUAGCACCUAACUAUAGAUAUGUCUGUAACCAUGGGGCGCAACCACACGACCUAACCAUAAGUAGCGGCAUAACCCAAAGGACGCAAUACAUGGGAGGGGUAAUGUCCACUCGGCCAAUAAUUCUCCAAGUCAUUGUGCAGAUCUCUUUUGUAAUACUUAAUGGGGCUUUUUUGUAUUUUACACACUUUUUUCUCCCCAAUUUCAUGAUUUCGAUCUUGUCUCAUCACUGCAACUCCCCAAUGGGGUCGGGAGAGGGUCGAGUCAUGCGUCCUCUGAAACAUGACCCGCCAAACCGCGCUUCUUAACACCCGCCCGCUUAACCCGGAAGCCAGCUGCACCAAUGUGUCGGAGGAAACACCCCAAGUAAAGCCCCCCCGGCCAAACCAUCCCCUAACCCGGAUGACUUUGGGCCGAUUGUGCGUCACCCUAUGGGACUACCGGUCACGGCCGGUUGUGACACAGCCUGGGAUCUAACCCAGGUCUGUAGUGAUGCUGCAAGCGCUGCGAUGCCUCAGACCGCUGCGCCACUCAGGAGACUUCGUGUUUUAGAUCGGAUUUUCGUCAGUUUGGGUAAAGGUACCUGUACCUCCAGCUAUAUAGCAGCCAGUGUUUAACCUCCACUGACCCCAAGUCAGAUCUAAAAGUUCAGUUACUUACGACCUAUCAUAAGAAGGCAAAAAAUAGGAAUGAUUUGUUUGAAUAAAGUUAUUUUUAUAAGAUGCGAAGAACCAUCUCCAGACCAUAAAUAUCAGUCUAUAAAAUAAACAAACAAGAUCAAUUAGGAAAAACAAACAUACAAAUAGGAGGAAUAAGAUCAAAACUAAAGCAAGAAUUUCUACAUUUACAAAAGACACUCACCAACUUUUCAUGUCAGAUGGACCCAGUGAAACUUUCCCAAAGUAUCUCUACAAUAUUUGUCUCAGUUACCCUCUGCAGUUGGGGAACUCAAUAUACAGUCUACAUCCAAAUAAAAGCCCUAUGGAGGUCAGAGAGACCAUAGUAGCACCUUUGACUAAAGACUGAGUCUGCCUCCAAAAUGGCAACCUAUUCCCCUAUUCAUGUAGUGCACUACUUCUGACCAGAGCCCUAUGGGCCCUGUUCAAUAGGGAAUAGGGUGCCAUUUGUGAUGCACAGAGACUGGGAGUCCUGAGACAGGAGAUACAUACUGUGUAUCACAGACUGUUUAUGCAUUUCCAUGAUGACUCAUGUUUUCUAUAACUUAGAAAAAUGUCUGCAAGGCACAUUAUGAUACUGUACAAAAGCACAUUUAUUUUUCACCUGUAUUUUCAUUCAGGAUGUGCUCUUUAGCUUAACAUUUGAAAAGUGCUCAACUUCUUUAAGAAGCAGACAUUGCCUGUCUCUCUAUUCUAAUGAA